AUGUUUAAACAAGUUUUGAAAAAAAACAUUACUUCAUUAAGAUUUCGCUCCACUUUUGUGCCAAAAAGAACCAAAUCCAAUCUUACUUGGAGAUAUCCAAGAGGUGUUGCGAAUUUUCCCCAAGACAUUUUUGAUCACGAUUGGUUUGCCGAGACAGACGCAUCCAUCUCAGACUACUUUAAAACCAAACAGACGCCAAAAGAUUACAUUUUAACUAUUAAAGAGCCACAUGCACAAAAUAAAGAUGUUUCUGUUCACUUUUGCAAACCAGAUAAUGCAUUAUUGGUGACUAUUUCCCAGAAUUUGGAUGAAAAGGGGAAGGAUAGUGAGUCCCGUUUUGCUAGUGCUUUUACAAACAAGUACACAUUUGAUAAGCCUGUUGAUUCACAAGAAAUCAAAGCAGACCAUGAUGCAAAGAAUGGAGAAAUUAUUAUUACUGUUCCAAAAAAGAAUGAAGAUGAUGAUAGUAUUAUUAAUGUUCCUUUUAAUAACAAGAAUGAAUGA